UUUGAUUUCUCAUUCACUUGUUUACCGUUAGAAGAGUAAGUUAACCAAAAAUCUUAAUUCUCAAAAGUUUCAAUUGUUCCUCUGUGUAAUUAACUAUAAUCAAAAUCUUCUCGACAAACAAACGAUAAUAACAAUGGCAACUUCGACUACAAUUAACAACAAUGUUUCGACAACAACACCAACUCAAACCAACGCCAAUUCCAAUGCGAAAUUAUCACGCAACUUUAUGAGCCAAUUUCGUGAUAAUAAAACUAAGGAAUUGAAAAAUUUGACCUCAGCUCAAUUCAUGGAGGUUUGGAGUCACUAUGACCAUGAUGGAAAUGGUUUCAUUGAAGGUAAAGAGUUGGACAAUUUUCUUCGUGAGUUCAUUUCGUCGGUCAAGGCAAUCGAUGCUCGUCCAGAGGUUGUUUCAGAUUCCAUGUUGGCUGAAAUCAAGGAGUGUUUCAUGGAGGCUUAUGAUGACAAUAAGGAUGGUAAAAUUGACAUCAGGGAGUUGGCUCAAUUGUUGCCCCUGGAGGAAUCAUUUUUGCUCUUGUUCCGUUUUGACAAUCCCCUUGAAUCAUCUGUUGACUUUAUGAAGAUCUGGUCUAAAUAUGACAACGAUGGAAAUGGUUACAUUGACUCUGAAGAGUUGAAGGGUUUUCUUGGUGAUUUCCUGAAAGAAGCAAGAAAAGAUAAUGUUACUGAGGAAAAACUGAAUGAAUAUACUGAGACUUUAUUGAACAUUUUUGACUCAAACAAAGAUGGCAAAUUACAAUUGAGUGAAAUGGCAAAACUGUUACCUGUCAAGGAAAAUUUUUUGAGAAAAAGUUCAUUCAAAGGAGCAAAUUUGAGCAAACAAGAUAUUGAAAGGGUCUUUGCUGUUUAUGACAAGGAUCAUAAUGGAACCAUUGAAAAUGAAGAGCUGACUGGUUUCUUGAAGGAUCUUCUUGAAAUGGUGAAAAAGGAUUAUGAUGCUAAUGAUUUGAGCUCAUUUAAGGAAUCAAUUUUAUCUGCUUGUGAUAUGGACAAGGAUGGAAAAGUUAACAAGAAAGAGUUGACAACCAUUUUGUUGGCUUUAGCCAAACACUCAGAUGAACCUUGAUUGUUGACAAUUAAAUUUAAUUGUCAUGGAACAACAACAGAAAACAGUUAUACGAUAAUCGCAAUACAUAUUACAUUCAUCUCUCUCUCUCUCACUUGCUUAUUAAUCAAAUUAUACUUAAUCCAGUUUAGGGAUAAGUGGAUUGAUCGACAAUUUUUGAUUUGGAUUAACACACAGACAGAAAAAUCAAUCAUGAGAGUUGAGUUUUUAAUCAUCAAAUCUUAAUCAUCACAAUUAAUUUUAACAAAACAUUCCUGUUUAAUCAUAUUAUAUAUAAGAUUUAAUCAUCAUGCUAAUCAAUAAGCUAUUGCCUUGAGUAAUUAAUCAAAAACUAAACUAACCUCAAACUAAUUGAAACUGAUUAAGUAUCAUUUUUAAUCUUAUUGGAUUAACACAGAAAAAAACAUUUUCUUAACAAUUAACUGAUUAUCACUAUGAUUAGUUAAAAAGUUUCUCUUGCUAUUUGCUUGAAUUAGUUGACAACAAUUAGUUAAUCUUUUUAAAGAUUCAAAGUUAAUUGUUACAUGAAAACUGCUUUUUUUUGCCUCAUUUUUAGAUUCUCAUUUGACUACAUUGAGAUUAAAUUGUUAGCAAUCAAAUGUAUCAUUAGAUUAGUUUAAUUGGAUUGAUUUGUAUGAAUCAAUCUAAUUAAUUAUUGGCAGGAGUAAACGUUUAGUAACAAUUAACUAAUUUCUUUCCAUCCAAACAUUUACACAUCAUAAUCAAUGUGAAUGGAUAAUUGAAAAUAAUUAAACUAAAAGUCCCAAAUUGGUCAGGGUAACAAUUAAAAUGAAGUUUAAAUUGUUUCAACGCAAUAAUCAGAUUACAAUCAGCUCAAUGAUGAUAAUUUAUUAAUGUUAAUCAUUAACUAGAAUCUAAUUUGAUUAAAUAAUCAUGAUAAUCUUAAUCAAGUUAACAAAUAAACAAAUACACUUACAAUUAAUUAAUUUUCUUGAGUUAAAAACAAAACUGAAAUCUGGAAACUGUUAAUCAUUACAACUAAUACUAAAAAAUCAUUUAAUUAAUUUCUAAUCAUAAUAUUUACCAACAUUAAUUAACUAAUUGUAAACCUCUCUCACUCUCUAAUUGUGUCUGUGUGUAAAUUAAAACUGUUUUAAUUGUUAAUUGUUAACGUUAAUCAAUAAAGAUCAACCAUUGAAAACCCAACAACAAGCAAAAAAACCCUUUCAGUUAAUAAAAUACCUUGAUCGUUA